AUGGCUACUUACACACCCAUGAGCGCAUCGCCGCUCCUGUUCUCUCUCACGGAAAACAUCGCCCGAGUCGUGCUCGACACUUACCAUGCGUUGCCUCCCAAAGGCAAACCUCGCACGAGGACGAACGGAGCUCGCGAAUGGACCGUCCUCGCCGGGUUCUGCCUUUACCCGAGUGAGCAAGGCGAGAGGUCCGACCUGAGUCUGUAUCGUUGUGUUUCGCUUGGGUGAGUUUCGAGGGGCUGGCUCUCACGCGAAGUCACAGGGAGUGCGUAGCUCACUCUUAGUGUGCACCGCGGACUGACAGAACGGGCGUCAAGGUGCUUCCUUACAACAAGUUACCUCGCCACGGGGACGUACUUCACGAUUCGCAUGGCGAGAUCAUCGCUCGAAGAGGACUGCUACGCUUUUUGGUGGCACAGCUCGACGUGGCUCUAGGUGUGGUGGACCCGACGUCGAGCUGUCUUGUCCGGGGGAGCAAUGGGCGGUGGAAGCUCAAGGACGAGCUGAGGUUGGGCAUGUACGUUAGUACGCUACCAUGUAAGUUCAAACAUAAUUCCUUCGAAUUUUGAUAUAUCUCUUCUGACGUUCUGCGUUACUCAUACAGGCGGAGAUGCCUCAACCUACUCGCUCGCUCUGCUCGCCCCACCUUCACCCCCACUUGAGCCGUUCACCACACCUCAGCACGUCCCCAAGCCUCCCCCCUUACUCGAAAGUUCCAUCAUCGCCGCCUCAUUAGGUAUGGAAACAUCCCGCAACUCUACGAAUGACGACUCCGCUAUACCUCGAAGAGGUCGAGUCGGAUACUCGGCACCUCCUGGAACGCUGAGGACCAAACCGGGCCGACUGGAUUCUCCUCCUACGACCUCGCAUUCGUGUUCGGACAAACUCGCGAUGUGGUCAUUGGUUGGUGUACAGGGUGGAUUACUCGCUGCGCUGGGGAUGGAUAGGAUUAUCGUCUCGAUGCUUGUGGUGGGAGGAGCGGUCCCGAGGGAUGAGCGUGGUAGAGUUGAGAAAGAAGUGAGAAGGGCUGUCGGUGGACGGAUAGGCGAUUGGAGUUUGAAUGGAUGGCGUUCGAUAAUUCCGGAGGUUGGAUUUUGCGAUGCUGUUUUCGAAAAUGAUCGUAGUGCGAUUCAAGGGCCGAGGGAGGUCGUGUCGGCUGCUGAGAGUGAGUACUGUUUUUGUUUUGCUCGGCUGUUUCCUAUCGCCCUGUCGCUGUCUAACCCCUCGACUUGAUGGGAUCAUUCGACACGCAGAUGUUUCGUACAUCUUGGAUGAAGGUAUCGAGAUUGUUUGCAACGGGACUCGAAUGGGUGGGAAACUGAAACGCAAUCCGGGGGAACCGCUGAGCCCCAAGACGAGGUAAGUCUUUAUUACUCCUCUAGCUCUGGUCUCGAUGCUAGCAGUGACUCACAAGCUGCGGCGAUCAUAGCUCCCGAAUCUCAAAACUUAGAUUGAUGCAACGGUGUGCGGAGCUCGCGCCGAUAGUUGGAGUCGCUUGGCCCAGGUAAGUGUUAUGGAUUCAGAACCUGGUAGAGUUUUCGUCGAGACGCAUCGGACUGGAACUGAUCCCUCGACAACGGUUGCAGUUCCUUUACGUAUCAUCAAAUCAAACGUUCCGAGCUUGCGACUUCGUACCAAUCGGUCAAGCAAGCCGUUCGUUCGGUGGAGGCCCCACUUGAGGCUUGGCUCGUGACUGGGGAAGAGUUCGAGUCGUUUGGUGUUUCUGGUCGACUCGAAUCUUCACGGAAUCAGAAGGAAGCUGCAGAGCAGACGGUGUGA